AUGCGACGGACGUCAAGUUCCAGCCGGCCCAUCUUCCCACCGGCCCAUCUUCCCACCGGCCGCUUCGGCGAACAAAAGCACUACUUCAGUGGAAAGCAUAAGCUCUACGGCUUUAAGAUAGAAGCGUCCGUCUCACCUGAGUGCUUGCUUGUCGACAUGAGUCCUCACGAGGCAUGGUCAGUGUCCGACCUCAACAUGUUCCCAAGCCGCCUGGACCAACAUACUCAAGUGCUCGCGAAGAACGACUACGACGACACCAUCAACGACAACGGAGAUUUGUACCGAGAGUAUCCUACCUCGUGGGCGGUCCUUGGGUACACGGGCUACAUCGGCCUUGCGGCGUUAGCUCGUGCCAUUCACCCGGAGAAGAAGCCUAUAGGUGGCGCGUUAGACCGAUCGACAUGGACAGGAGCAAGGAAGUUUCUUCUGACCGUGUCGUUGUCGAAAACUUCUUCGACCGGGUGUGCUCGCUUUGGAAGAUGUCCUACGCGACAUUCGUCUGGGCGAUUUACGUUUGCCCUUACCAACUUCCACGCGACAUUGAUGCCGUUGCGCUUCGAGGACAACGACCAUUAUUGUGCCGUCAUGGCACGCUACAAAAGCAUGGCAGCUGAGAACACCUCAAAGACAACCGCGAACCAACACAGAUGCCUACAGCGCCGUGCAGAGUAG